AAAUACUUCUAUCAAUAAAUAGUUUAGUUUGACAAAGGUGAAGAUAUAUUUAACUACGUUCGAGUUCCUUGGUCUCAUCAAAUUAUCGCAAGCCGCAUAUGCUUAAGUCAAUUUUAUUGGUUGUUAGUGGAUAGUGCGGUUAAGGAGAAGUUUUUAGUUAAUAACUAAUGAAGGGUAUGCUGGUAAAUGACAUAUUUAACUUAUUUAAUAUUUAACCUAAUUUGAUAUUUAAAAGACUAAACGUCAACCCUAAUUUCAUAACGGCUGCCGGUUAGGGUUUUUGUUUUUUGUUUUUUACAGUUUCGUCGUCUUCUGCCCAGCGUAAACUUUCAGUGACCGUCCAGCCACUGUCCGGUCAUCUUGCCGCCGACGUCUUUCUUCCCUCGAAUAAAAAGGCUUGGUAAGGCUGGUUGGGUAAGAGCUGCAAGCCCUUUGUUUGUGGUCUCUCUCUUACGUAGCUUGUUUUUCGUUUAUGAUACUCACCGUGAAACAUAUGCAGGAUUUGACGUUUGUGGUUUCAGAUACCCGCCGCCGGGAAAGAGGGGCGGUCGUCCUUUUUAUUAUUUCUGACUUGCUUUUUUUGUCAAUGGUCUCCAGUUUUGUUGGUCGCUGAACCUCCAGUCCGCCGGUCAUCGUGGUCGGAAUUUAUUUCCUUACGCGGAUAGGAAAGGUCAAUGCCGGCGUUUAGUAUGCUACUGUUUUUGUUUUUAUAUUUUUGUUUCAUAGUUUUUGUUGUUGCACCACUUUCUUGCCAAAUCGCCUGCAUCCAUUGUUAAUGUUUUGACAAGAGAAAAUGUUGUUAUGUCGGUAUUUGAGUUAAUAAUAAGUCUCCAGUUAACUAUUAACGAUUGUGAUUGGAACUAUUAAUUUUGGUCUUGUGUUAUUUACAACAAUUAUAUAAUAAUUUUCUUCAUUAUUAACAUUUUUUUAAUUCCUAGUUAUGUCUCUGUUAAAUUAGAUUAUUAACAUCUUCUCAUGCGUUAUCAACAUAUUUACGUGCAACUUCUAUUCCUUCAGCAGGAUCUUACCCGACUUUACUGUAUCAUUUUAACCAAUUGAAUCGAAGAGCAAAAAUGACACAAUCGGUGGCCGCUUCUUGAGGUACAAAAUAGAUAAUGGACUAUCUAUUUAUGGGUGGCAUAUUGGAUGGUUAAAUCGCGGUUUAAUAUCGAUACACUCAUAAAUAACGAAAUCACUGUAAGUGAGUGAUUAAUAUGGGUUGAGUAUGGAUCGAUAAACCUUAUAUUCGCAAUUAUUUGGAUGGGUGGUGGCGGAUUGCAAAUCAUUCACCCCAGCGCCAAUGGCCACCCCAAAUCUUCUUACAUGACGGAUCAGUGGAUUUCCCGAAAAAGUCAACGAUAAUAUAUUGUGUGCUGAAACCGUAGUUUAAUAAUGGGUAAACCGUUUCAUAAUGCUAAAAACUAACAUUUUAGCCUCCAAUAAAAUGUUUUUCCGAUUGACCGCCAAUAUGAUUUCACAAACUUUUGUAUUCUUUUUUUUUUUCAAUCGUCUUUACGAAUACGCUGAACUGAACCACACAUGGUUUUUACAAAUACACCAGUUAAAAAGAAGAAUCCAAAUCAGCUCGUCGUGAGUGGAUAAGUGAUCCCCCGAUAAUACACACACUAAAAAUGCUUGAUGAAGCGGCUGAGUUCUGUCCUUCCUAAGCUGGUCACACAUAAUCAACAUGCUUCGGUUCGCGGAAGACACAUCUCUGAAGCUACACUCAUCGCUAACGAAUUGGUGGACAGCAGAAGAAAGUGUAAGAAGCCGGGACUUAUGUUCAAACUAGAUAUAGAGAAGGUCUUCGAUAAUGUCAGUUGGGAAUGCAUGUUCGGUGUGAUGGAGAGAUUGGGUUUCCCAAAUAAAUGGCAGCAAUGGAUUAAAGGGGAUCUUUGUUCUCCUAUGACGUCUGUUCUGGUUAACGGGGAAGCUUAUGGCUACUUUCGGGCUAGUAAAGGGGUUCGGCAAGGCGAUCCCCUUUCCCCUGGCCUAUUCGUAUUGGUAAUGGAUGUUCUGUCUUUCAUGAUCUCGAAGCUUCGGGGGGUGAAUGGUAUUUCUGGCUUCUUCAUGGAUGAGAACAGCGGACGAGGUGAGGUUACACAUCUCCUCUUCGCCGAUGACUCCCUAAUCUUCUGCGAUGCCUCUGCCGACCAGGUUCUUAACUUACUCGCUACUUUGGUUUGUUUUCAGUCGGUCACGGGGCUUAAAAUUAAUCUCGAUAAAUCCAUGAUGUUUACCGUGGGAGAUGUCCCCGAGCCUAGCUUCCUUGCUGCAAUUUUUGGGUGCAACUGGAGUAGCGAGCCUACAAAAUAUCUUGGUCUUCCGUUGGGGGAUCGCCCAAACUCCAUUUCCAUUUGGAAUCCUGUCAUUAGCAAAUACCAUAAUCGGCUGCAGGGGUGGAGAAGCAGGUUCCUUUCUUUGGGUGCCAGGAUAGUAUUGAACCAAUCCAUUCUCAAUAGUUUAUCUGUCUACCAUUUCUCUCUGUUGAAAGCUCCUAAAACUGUCUUGAAUACAAUGGAAAAGAUCCAAAGGAAGUUCUUAUGGUGUGGUGGGCAGCAGGAAAGCAAAUUUCAUCUCAUUAGAUGGGAUACGUGCAAAGCAUCAAAACAGAGGGGUGGACUGGGUGUGGUGGAUCUCGAAAGUUUUAAUAUGGCCUUGCUUGGGAAGUGGCUGUGGAAAUACGCUACUGAGAGAGAUAGCUGGUGGAGGCAGCUCAUUGGGGUGAAAUACGCUAGCACGGUUUCGGAAUGGAAAACUAAAAAGAGUGUGGAAGGGUUUAGCAGUUCGGUUUGGGCAAACAUUAGUAAGGUGGGUGAGUUGUUUUGGCAAGGGGCUUCCAUUGAACCAGGCUCUGGCUCUGCAGUUUCCUUAUGGCACGAUGUCUGGAUCCCGGGCUUUCUGCUGGCCAGCUCUUUUCCGCGGGCUGCUGCUGCUGCUGCUCAUCCGGAUGCUAGCCUGCUUGACUCCUUCUCACGUUCAGGUGAUGAUUUAGUGUGUGAAAUUUCAUUUUCUGUGUCUUUAAGGGGUGGGGCUGAAUUUGAGAGAGUGGGUUGUAUAGAAAAAGUUAUUGCUAAUUCUCACAGAAUCACCAAUAGUCCUAGUCGUAUGGUGUGGAACCCAAAUGCAGAUUGUAUGUUUUCUGUUAGAUCGUUUUACAGGUUUCUUGUGGAUGGCAAAUUUGAUGGGAACGAGAAUUUCAAGUACAAAUCCAUUUGGAAAAGCAUGAUCCCUACAAAGAUCUGUGGGUUUCUGUGGCUCGUUUGGCAUAAGAAGAUCCUCACCCUCGACAAUUUGAAGAAACGAGGUAUGCAGCUGGCAAGCCGGUGUGUUCUCUGCUACAAGAAUGAAGAAUCGAUCAACCACAUCAUGGUGGAGUGCCCCUACACUAGGCGGGUGUGGGAUGAGGUGCUCAGAAACAUCACUUGCCCGGAUUUGUCUUCAGGAGACAUAACCAGCAUCAUUGAUCAUUAUGGUCCUAAUAUUGAAGGCGUUGAGAUCUGGUUUGCAGCAUGUGUCAUUCACGCGAUCUGCUGGUUUGUUUGGAAAGAAAGAAAUCAGAGAAUUUUCCAGGAAUCUUGCUGCCCUCACUUUACUGUCAUCAGGAAAAUCACCAGGAACAUCGUCCACUGGAUGGUGGCACAUAAGAAGAUUGAUGAACAGCAAGGGGUGCGCUUCAUUCAGGAUCGAUUCCGGAGUUGGGGGGCCACUGUUGGGUGAUCUUUUUCUGGGCUCCUCCACGUCUCUGUUCUUUUUUUUCUUCGGCUUUUGUCAGUUUUGUAGCAUUUGUUGCUGCUGCCUCUCUGUUUUUCUUGGCCUACUGCUCGUGGGUCUGUCUUGUACGUUAUGUUAUUUCCUUUUAAUAAAGUUCAUCAUCAUUA